GCACCUCUCACCCGGAAGUGGAAGUGGCAGUUGUGGAUGGCGAUGUUUGUCACGGUUUGAAUGUUUGCUGGUGGUUUGGGAUCGAGAAGAGUCAAGUGCCCGGGAGAUUAUUGUCAAACAAAGGAGGGUUAAAUCUAUGCUGCACUUCCUCCAAGACCUUCCGGAGGUGUGAUGCCCAGAACUCCAGGGCUUUGUGUAGGUGAAGUCUCUACUCCUCUAGAUAUAAAGUUGCAGAAAUGAAGAGAAAUAAGUGGCAUGGUGGUAGCCAAUUUGGAUGGCAAGAUCGCCAACGACAUCAUUCAAGGAGACAUCGAGAGCAUAAUAGUCGCUUGUCAAGAGAAUGGAGCCAGAGAUCUGAUCCUGAUUCAUCAUUAAGUGAAUUGAGUGAGCAGAAUAGUUCAGCAGCUGAAUCAACUAGCAGUGCUUCUAAGGCGACUGAUGUACCAGAGCUACCUGGAUUUUACUACGAUCAAAAAAAGGACAGAUAUUUUAGGCUAUUACCUGGACACAACAAUUGUAACCCUCUUACAUGGGAGGCAAUUAAACAAAGGGACAUGGAACAAAAGCGAUUGAAGAUGUUGGAGGAGGAUGCUAAAACUGGGCGGGUGGCUAGAAUGGGUAUGGACUUCACCAUGCUUCUACAGAAAAGACAUUUUGGACUAAUGAACUCAGCAUCAUAUUUGAGGCUUGCUCAAGAACUCAAGGUCAGUGGAAUGAGAAGGAAUAAAUUGGAGGUUCACAGUGCAGAUUCUUCCAGUAAAAGCAGUUUCAAAAUGAUUUUGGCAGACACGAACUGUGAGCGGAUAUUUGCUGUAAAAAACGAUGAAACUGGCUACAAAUAUGGAAUUCUAAAUCUCAAUGGACAUAAGAAAGAAUCCAGACUUAUUUCUGUGGAUAUGUGCGACAAUCUCUACUUCACACACCGUAAGGGGACCUCAAUUUGCUGGGCAUCUCUGUCUGGUCGUGAUUCUCAUGUCUUGUAUCCUUUAAAAUAUUUUAGAAUGGUAUGUUUCCUAGGUUUGUUAUACUGUGUCUUUGUCACUGAUGCCGUAACAGGUCAAAAACAGACGUUCAGCACAAACAGCAGUGUUCUCGCUCAGCAAUUCGCUCGCAGGGUCCCCGUGUUGUAUAAUGGCUGUCGAUCGGGGGAGAUUUUCAGCAUAGACAUCAGACAACGAAUGACUAAAGGACUGAGCUGGAGAGGCACUACAAUCUCCCAUAACUCUGCUGUGACCUCCAUCCGGCUCUUGCAGGAUGAAAAUUAUCUAAUUGCUGCAGACAUGAUUGGAAAGAUUAAGCUUUGGGACUUAAGAAUUGCAAGAUGUAUUAAACAGUAUGAAGGUCAUCAUAAUGAAUAUGCUUAUCUCCCAAUCCAUGUUCAUGAAGAAGAGGGUAUUCUUUUAGCUGUUGGACAGGAUUGCUACACACGAAUCUGGAGUCUACGUGAUGGCUGCCUCCUUCGAACAAUUCCAUCUCCAUACUCUGCUUCAAAUGACUCGAUUCCCAAUAUAGCUUUUUCUUCACAAUUGGGAGGGAGAGGUGGUGUACCUGGUCUGUUGAUGGCAGUCAGACAUGAUCUGUAUCACUUCUCAUACAGCUCCAAUCACUAACUGGAUCAGUGGAAGAAGAAGAAGGAUCACACAUCACCCAUUCCGAGGCUGAUCCAUCAAUAAUGAGAGAUUUAGCAGGUUAACCAGUACUUUGAAGAAAAAAGGUUGCAAACUUCAGUGCCUUUUUCUAUCCUUACUCCGGCAGUGACAGCUAAAUAUUCUUCUUAAAUAUCAGCGGAAAGAGCAUAUUGUGUUUACAAGAGGAUACACAGCCAGUGAUUUAAACUGAUGUUCUGAAUGGAAUAUUGUAUUAUGCUGGUUAGUUGUAAAUUAAACUAACCAUUGAACAGUU